AAACAUGUUUCUUAUUCCUUUCUCUCAGGAAGAAAAAAAAAAACUGGGAACAAUGAAGCUUUUUUUCUUCCUGUUUGUUGGUGCUGUUCACCUUUUAUCCCUAGGCUCUGGAAAAGCUACAAACAAGAAUGGCACUUCUCAGCGAACAUUUCAAGAAAUAAAGGAGGAAAUAGCCAGCUAUGAAGAAGUUGCUAAAGCAAUUAUCAACCUUGCUGUUUAUGGUAAAUAUCAGAACCGGUCCUAUGAACGUUUGGGACUUCUAGUUGAUACUGUUGGGCCCAGACUGAGUGGUUCUAAGAAUCUAGAGAAAGCUAUUCAAAUCAUGUACCAAAACCUGCAGCAAGAUGGGCUGGAGGACGUCCACCUGGAGCCAGUGAGGAUACCCCACUGGGAAAGAGGAGAAGAAUCAGCAGUGAUGCUGCAGCCUAGAAUUCACAAGAUGGCUAUUUUGGGUCUUGGCACCAGCAUUGGGACUCCUCCAGGAGGCAUCACGGCAGAAGUGCUGGUUGUGACCUCUUUUGAUGAACUUCAGAGAAGGGCAUCAGAGGCAAGAGGGAAGAUCGUUGUUUAUAACCAGCCUUACACUGGCUACAAGACAACAGUGCAAUACCGUAUGCAGGGAGCUGUGGAGGCGGCCAAAGUGGGGGCUGUGGCAUCCCUCAUCAGAUCAGUAGCCUCUUUUUCCAUUUACAGUCCUCACACAGGCUUUCAGGAAUAUCAAGAUGAUGUGCCCAAGAUUCCAACAGCCUGUAUCACAGUGGAAGAUGCAGAAAUGAUUUCACGAAUGGCUUCUCGUGGGGACACAGUUAUCAUUCAUCUGGAGAUGGGAGCAAAGACCUACCCAGAUACUGAUUCCUUCAACACCGUAGCAGAGAUCACUGGGAGCAAGUAUCCAGAUCAAGUUGUCCUGGUCAGUGGACAUCUGGACAGCUGGGAUGUUGGGCAAGGUGCCAUGGAUGACGGCGUUGGAGCCUUUAUAUCAUGGGAAGCACUCUCACUUGUUAAAGAUCUUGGGCUGCGUCCAAAGAGAACUCUGCGCCUGGUGCUCUGGGCAGCCGAAGAACAGGGUGGAAUUGGUGCUUCCCAGUAUUAUGAGCUACAUAAGGCAAAUGCUUCCAGGUACAGUCUGGUGAUGGAGUCUGACUCAGGAACCUUCUUACCGUCCGGGAUACAGUUCACCGGCAGUGACAAGGCCAGAGCUAUCAUGAAGGAGAUCAUGAGUCUGCUGCAGCCCCUCAAUGUCACCAAGGUCUUUAGUGGUGGAGAAGGAACUGAUAUUAACUUCUGGAUCCAAGCUGGAGUGCCUGGAGCGAGUCUUUGUGACGAUGACUUGUACAGAUACUUCUUCUUCCAUCAUUCCUAUGGAGACACCAUGACUGCCAUUGAUCCAAAGCAGAUGAAUGUUGCUGCUGCUGUUUGGGCUGUUGUCUCCUAUGUUGUGGCAGACAUAGAAGAAAUGCUGCCCAGGUCCGAAGGAGAAUAAGAAGGAAGGUCCUGUUCACUCUAGCUUGGAAUUUUGGCUCUGAAAUUUCAAGACAAAACAGUGUUAUCCACUUAAUCUAGAGGGCACAGUAUUCUUUAUACCCUCUGUUUAUGGUCUUUUCUUGAUACUUU